AUGACUCCCAGUGUUGCAGCUGGCAACGUCAGCUCGCAGACGCGCAAGCGGGAUGCCCUCAAGCGCGCCGAGCAGUGGAUGACCAAGGGAGGCAUCAUUCGCGACGACUCCGACGACGAACUCGGCGAUGAAGACUAUCCGUGGGAGUGGAUGUACGAUACCGAACCGGAUAAUGAUGGGGAGGCUGGAAACGGGGCAGAUGCUUCUGGGGAGACACCAAAAUCUGCGCGGAGACGCUCUUCACGCCAGUCGCAACGCAAGAUUAUCGGAGCUCGCAUGGGUCUCUUCGAGUGUAGGAUAGGCGAGGUUAUCCUCCUGAAAUCUCCAGAGCCUGGGAAAGACUGGGUUGGCAUAAUCAUGGAUUUCCAUGAGGAAGAAGAUGACGAAGACAACGAACCCAUCAAAAUGGCAAACAUCAUGUGGUUCGCUUCCCCGGACGAGUUCUUAUCGACAAGGCACAAGCGGAGAACCGACGUUUUACCGAACGAACAAUACCUGACAACAGACUUCAAUGUCAAUCCUCUGACUUCAAUCAAUGGGAAGGCUCAGGUCAUGUCCAAAGAUGCCUUCUUCGCGCGAUACCCAAACGGCACUGCUCCGAAAUCCAAGGCGGCGCUGGCUGAAUAUAAUAAGUGCAUUGUUUGUCGCAGGGGUGUCAACCAAGUGCAGGGACGAUAUACGGAGGAGUUCGUGUGGGAAGAUGUCUAUCAACCGGACCAAAUCCAUGACCUUGUUGACCUAGUCAAGGAUGGCUUGAAGGCGACCAAGAAGCGAAAGCAGGCUGAUACUGAUUAUGUCGAUCCGAAGGAUAAAGAAGAGGCCGAAGAUAUUGUUGGCGAAUUACCUACAACCCCCAGAAAGAGGCAAAAGACAGCAAACGCUACACCGCAAUCUCGACGACAGAAAGCAAUGACCACUCCGUCCAAUAAGAGAAUCAUUGUCAAGAAACCGCUCGAAUUUACGCCCCUCGGUACACGCGUGCUGUCACCCGCCCAUUUUGCAUCACCCUACCGCCAGGCCCGUAAUCUUCUUCAUGUUUCCACUGUUCCCGACUCGCUUCCAUGCCGGAAAAAGGAAUUCGACACAGUAUACAGCCAUCUCAGUGCUGCCAUCAUGGAAGGGACGGGUACCUGUAUCUAUAUCUCCGGGACACCAGGAACCGGGAAAACAGCCACCGUCCGCGAAGUUGUCGCGCAGUUGAACUCUGCCGUUCUUGCAGAGGAGAUGGAUGACUUCAUAUUCGUGGAAAUAAACGGCAUGAAAGUCACAGAUCCCCAUCAGUCCUACUCCAUGCUCUGGGAGGCAUUGAAAGGCGAUCGAGUAUCAUCCUCCCACGCUCUUGAUCUGUUAGACCGGGAGUUCUCCAACCCCUCGCCUCGAAGAGUAUCAUGCGUCGUUCUUAUGGAUGAGCUAGACCAAUUGGUUACCAAGAACCAGUCGGUCAUGUACAACUUUUUCAACUGGCCGGCACUCCGCCAUUCGCGCCUGAUCGUCCUAGCCGUCGCCAACACUAUGGACCUCCCGGAGCGAACCCUAAGCAAUAAAAUCUCUAGUCGCCUUGGUUUAACUCGCAUCACAUUUCCAGGCUACAAGCACACCGACUUGAUGGAAAUCAUCACGACCCGAUUAGCAAGUGUACCCGGCGACAUCGUCGACGCCGACGCCAUCCAGUUCGCCAGCCGCAAAGUCGCCGCCGUUAGCGGUGACGCUCGACGAGCCCUAGACAUCUGCCGCCGAGCCGUGGAGAUCGCAGAACAAAGCGCACUAGGCGAAGCCGGCACAGCCGAAGACCUAGACGCCGACGACACCGAGUCCAUGCCCCCAACACCAACCAAAACCCCGGCGCGAAAGGAAAGAGCUCUGGCCCGUUCCCCUCAGAAACCUAGCACGACAGCCACGCCAAGAAAACAAACCCCCGGCCGGGUCACCAUCGCAACCAUCAAACAGGCCAUCCAAGAAGCAACCUCCACCCCGCUCCAACAAUCACUCCGCUGCCUCCCUCUCUCCGCAAAACUCUUCCUCGCCGCGCUUCUCGCCCGCGUCAAGCGCACCGGAAUCACAGAAUCAACAUUCGGCGACGUCAUCGACGAAGCGAGACGUAUCGCUGACGCCGCGGUAGCCGUUGCCGGUGCGGCGGGUGCAGGAAUCAAGGAUUUCCUACUUUCCGGUGGCGCUGGGGCGCGUGUCAGCGCGUUGGGAUUUGCGGCGAUGGAGCUGAUGAACUCGGGCGUUCUUGCGCUGGAAGUUAGUUCUGGGUCGCGCGGAGCGCUGGGUAGUGCGGCUAUUCCGACGAGAGGAGAUCGCAGCGGAAAGGUGAGGCUUAGGGUUGCGGCCGAGGAUGUCCGCGCGGCGUUUCGGGAUGAUGUUGAGGCGAAGGGGUUAGGGCUUGGGAUGGAGGUGUGA